AUGGAUACCCAACAUCAUAUGGGCGUGUCCGACCACAAGUCAACCCCCGUCUACAAUGAUGAGAAGGGUUCCUCCUUAGAUGCUGAGGCGCAUCAUCAUGGCGAUACCGAGGUGGGGACCGUAGAGACCACGAAGAGAGGGCUGAAGGCUCGCCAUGCCCAAAUGAUUGCUCUUGGUGGGACCAUUGGAACUGGUCUCUUCGUUGGAAGUGGUGGAACACUGGCCAAGGGUGGCCCGUUAUUUAUCCUCAUGGCAUACAUCCUUCUCAGUGUCCUCGUCUUGUUUGUUGUAACGGCCAUCACUGAAGUCUCCGCCUACCUUCCAGUCAGCGGUGGUACCAUGAGUUAUUACGGUCACAGAAAUGUAUCCAACAGUCUUGGUUUCGCUAUGGGCUGGCUCUAUUUCUAUUCCCUCGGUAUACUGGUCCCGUAUGAAAUAACAGCAGCCGGCUUAGUCAUCGACUAUUGGAAUUCGCCCAUCAAUAUUGCCGUCUGGAUUACCAUCUUCAUUGUCGUCAUUGUGGGAUUGAACAUUCUUCCUGUUCAGUUCUAUGGAGAGACCGAGUUUUGGUUUGCCUCUCUCAAGGUGUUCAUGAUGAUUGGUCUCCUGAUCCUGUCAUUCAUCCUGUUCUGGGGUGGUGGACCAAAGCAACAUGGUAUUCUAGGCUUUCAUUACUGGAAGGAUCCAGGAGCCACAACCGAAUGGCUUCGUCCUGGAAAGACGGGUCGUUUCAUCGCCUUUGUGGAAGUGGUGGUGCUCAGUGCUUUCCCAUUCACUUUCGCCCCUGAAUUACUGGUCGUCACUGGAGGAGAGAUGAAGUCGCCCCGCCGUAACCUUCCCAAAGCCGCAAAGCGUUACUUCUACCGUCUCGUGUUCUUCUAUAUCGGUUCCGUCCUCGCAAUCGGUGUCAUCUGCCCAUUCAACGACGCCCGUCUUACAGACGGUGGUGUUGGCGCAAAGUCCUCUGCUUUCGUCGUCGGUAUCGCAGAUGCAGGCAUCUCAGGUCUUGGAUCCGUCAUCAAUGCUAUCAUCAUUACCUCUGCGUGGAGUUCCGGAAACUCCUUCCUCUACAUGUCCUCGCGCUCGCUGUACUCCCUUGCCAUCGCCGGAAAUGCGCCCAAGAUAUUCACAAAGUGCACAAAGCAGGGUGUUCCAUACAUGGCCGUUAUUGCCGCAGCGCUGUUCUCACCCCUCGCCUACUUGAACUGUGCUAGCAGUGGUUCCGUUGUUUUCGGAUGGUUUGUCAACUUGACCAAUACUUCGGGCUUCAUCUCCUGGAUCUGCUGCAGCAUCGUGUACAUUCGAUUCAACAAAGCUUGCCGUGCGCAAGGUCUUCCCAAAAGCGAUAUUCCUUACCAUUCUUUCCUACAACCAGUUGGUGCCUACAUCGCCAUGGUAGCCUUUACCAUCCUCACCCUGAUCAACGGCUUCGAUGUAUUCUUCCCAGGUCGCUUCUCUGCGUCUAGCUUCUUGACGGCUUAUGUGGGGAUUCCGAUCUUCUUGGCCAUCUACUUCGUUCAUAAAGCCUUCCAUUGGAAUGAGAAGUGGGCUAUUCCAUCUAUGGAGGUGGAUUUGUAUUCGGGUAUUGAUGUUGUGCUUGCGAAUGAGACGCCCGAGGUGCAUGCGAAGGGUUGGAAGAACAAGGUCCGGGGUUGGUUUACGUAG